AUGCCCCAGAGCCCCGAAUCAAGUGCGGAGGAGGAGGAGCACUUCUCCCAGUGCCCCGAGGGGGAGUCGGGCUCGGAGAGCUCCCACGAGGGGCCCAGCCCCCCAGCCAGUCCUGCUAACCCUGCCCACAAUUGCUCCAUGUCAGUACCUGAAGACGCUCACUUCAGUAUGAUGGUCUUCCGAAUUGGUAUUCCUGAUUUGCACCAGACGAAAUGCCUACGUUUCAACCCUGAUGCAGCUAUUUGGGUGGCAAAACAACAAAUUCUCUGCACCCUCAACGAAAGCCUCAAGGAUGUUCUAAAUUAUGGACUCUUCCAGCCAGCCACCAAUGGCCGGGAUGCGAAAUUCCUAGAUGAAGAGCGACUCUUGCGCGAGUACCCACAGAGUUUUGAAAAGGGGGUACCCUAUCUUGAGUUCCGCUACAAGACACGAGUAUACAAGCAAACCAACCUUGAUGAGAAGCAGCUAGCAAAACUUCACACAAAGACGGGUUUGAAGAAGUUCCUGGAAUAUGUGCAACAUGGAGCAGCUGAAAAAGUGGCACGGCUCUUGGACAAAGGGCUCGAUCCAAACUAUCAUGAUUCUGAUACCGGUGAAACACCUUUGACGUUGGCUGCCCAAUUAGAUGGGACCAUUGAUGUGAUCCGGCUACUGUGCCUUGGUGGUGCCCACAUAGAUUUCCGGGCAAGAGAUGGAGCCACAGCACUUCACAGAGCUGUCUGUUCUCACCACUAUUCAGCCCUAAUGGCACUCUUGGACCUGGGUGGCUCCCCCAAUUAUAAGGACCGCCGUGGACUGACCCCACUCUACCAUACAGCUAUGGUUGGAGGUGACCCACACUGCUGUGAACUUCUGCUGUACAAUCGAGCCUACAUUGGCACCACUGAUGAGAAUGGCUGGCAAGAAAUACACCAGGCUUGCCAACAUGGAAACUCCCAGCAUUUGGAACACCUGCUCUUUUAUGGUGCUGAGCCAGGUGCACAGAAUGCAUCCGGGAAUACAGCAUUGCACAUCUGUGCACUCUACAACAAGGAAACACUGUGCCGAAUCCUGUUAUACCGAGGAGCUAACAAAGAGAUCAAGAACAACCAUGGUCAAACUGCCUUCCAGGUUGCAGUCAUUGCAGGAAAUUUUGUGGGGGAGCUGAUCAAAAGCCAUCGAGAUUCAGAUGUAGUCCCUUUUCAGGAGACUCCCCAAUAUGCCAGUCGGCGCCGCCGCGAUGGCCCUCAGAACCUUACCGUGCCACAUACUUUGCUGCGAGCCAACAGUGAUACCAGCCUGAACCUCCCAGACUGGAUGCUUUAUGCCCAGCCAUAUCCACCUGCCACAGUUGCAGUCCAGGGCCAGAAGAUCACCACAGGAACAUUGCGCAGUUCUAGCAGUCCCCGUGGUGCUCGCAGUCGCUCGCCAUCACGGGGACGGCACACAGAUGAGGCCAAAAAACAGCGUGGUCGGCCCAGUUCAAGUGGCUACCAGAAAGAAUCUGCUGGAAGCAGUACACUGAGUAGUCGAGGUGUGAAGCGGAAAAUUUAUUCGGCUGUGCCUGGCCGCACAUUCAUGGCUGUGAAACCCUACCAAAGCCAGGGUGAGGGUGAGCUCUCCAUCAGCAAGGGCGAGAAGAUCAAGGUGCUGAGUGUUGGGGAAGGCGGCUUCUGGGAGGGACAGGUAAAGGGUCGUGUAGGCUGGUUCCCCUCAGACUGCGUGGAGGAAGUGCCCAACAAGGUCCAGGAAGGGAAGCAAGAGAGCCGCAGCGAUAAAGCCAAACGACUCUUCAGACACUACACAGUUGGUUCCUAUGACAGCUUUGAUGCCCCUAGUGAUUACAUCAUUAAAGAGAAACAUGCUGCUUCAGAGAAGGACAACGAAGGAUUUGGCUUUGUGCUAAGAGGGGCUAAGGCGCAGACCCCAAUUGAGGAGUUCACUCCCACACCUGCUUUUCCUGCUCUACAGUACCUGGAAUCAGUGGAUGAAGGAGGUGUGGCUUGGCGAGCUGGUCUCCGCAUGGGUGAUUUUCUCAUUGAGGUAAAUGGACAAAAUGUGGUAAAAGUUGGUCAUAGGCAAGUUGUCAAUAUGAUUCGACAAGGGGGCAACAACUUGAUGGUGAAAGUUGUCAUGGUAACACGGAAUCCUGAGAUGGAGGAGGCCAUGAGGAAGAAAGCUGCGCCACAGCAGACAAGACGAUUGCCCCCUCCAGCCAGCUCCUUGCGUUCCAAAUCUAUGACAUCGGAGUUGGAGGAAAUGGUGGAGAAAGUCGUCCCUUGGAAAGAGAAAACAGAUUACGAGCCAGAGAUGGGCACUGAUAAGAACGGAGCUGUCUAUCAGAUGGCUUUGAAUAAAUUAGAUGAGAUUCUGGCAGCAGCUCAACAGACAAUUAGUGUUGGGGAUGGGUGUGGAAGUGGAGGGCUUCCUUCCUUGGGGAAGACACGGGGCACUACGAAUUAUUUCUCCUCUGAGCCCAGUUUUGAACAACAUCGUCUUGGUCAGGCCAGUUAUGAGCGUCCAUCAUACUUACCAAGUAGUCAUCCCCCUGGCAUGAUGCUUCGCCAGAAAUCUAUUGGAGCAGCUGAGGAUGAGAAGCCCUACCUCGCUCCCCCUGCUAUGAAAUUCAGCCGCAGCCUUUCGGUCCCUGGUUCCGAAGACAUUCCCCCACCUCCAACCACCUCCCCUCCUGAUCCACCUUACAGCAGUACGUCGCCCUCUGCAUCUGGCCGAGUUACUCCUUCAGCCCGUUCAACCUUCAAUCCCAGCACUGAGGCCAAGCUGUAUUCCACUUCUCUUCAUCAGGACCCACCAUAUGAGCCACCUUCUCGUGUCCGUGACAAAAUGUCUCUUAACCGCCAAGAGUCUGAGCAAGGAGCUGAAGGGUCCACAGCACGUGGGUGGAGGGGCCACACCCCUGACCUGCGAUAUUAUAAUUUGCCCCCUCGGGCAACCAGCACCGCCAUGUAUGUACCCACCAAGCCCAUGCGCCGCAAAGGUCCAUUGGUCAAGCAGACCAAAGUGGAGGAUGAGCAGCGCCAGCAGCAGGGUACCCCCUCUUCCCAGAUGCAAGCAUCGUCUUUACCAUCUCAGUCAUCCACACAGUCUGAAAGCUCCAUCCCAAUACCCACCAUCAUAAUUAAAGCUCCUUCAACCAGCAGCAGUGGGCGUAGUAGCCAGGGAAGCAGCAUGGAGGCAGAGACCCAACCUGAGCCUGUGGUGCCUGUCCCAUCACUGCAGCUGCAUAACAGCAUGGAUUUCACCAGUCAGUUUGGGGCUGCCCUAGUUGGGGCAGCCCGACGAGACCGUGAAUGGUACAGUGAGGCUCGUCGCAAGUCUGCCCUCUUUCUCUCCACUGAGCAACCAGAUGACGAGUCUCAGCAGAUGCCUGUCCCCCGUCUCCGCCAUUCCAAAUCCAUUGAUGAAGGUAUGUUUUCCAGUGAGCCAUACAUUCAGUUGAACAUGGCUUCUGGCUUUGGCAGUAGCAGUGGUGGUGGGAGCAGCCCUAGCUAUCUUCAGUCUCGCAGCGCUAAAACAUAUGGAGCCAGCACUACCAGUGCCUUCACUUCUGUGUGUUCAAGUUUCUUGCCCCAACUCCAGACCCAUUCAACUCCUCUCAUUCACCCACUGACUGGCAAGAUUUUAGAUCCUGGAUCCCCCUUGGGACUUGCAUUAGUCGCACGUGAGCGGGCUCUAAAGGAGUCCCAGUCUCAACAAGAGAGCCGAGAAGAGAGGCACUCGCGUCCAUCCUCUCCCCGGUUUGGGGAGACUCCUAAAACUCCUGAGUCUCCCAGCAGUUCCAUCUUGCGCCUCUGGGAGACAUCAGAGCAGCAGACUCAUCACCAACUGCCUGCAUCAUCCCGUAAGGAGCAGGAAGGCCACCAACCUGAGCAUCAGCCCUCUCCCAUUUCAGCUAGAACAACUCCUUGGGAAAAACGGCCUGAAGAAGGAGAGAAGCUGGAGCUACAUGUGCGUUUUGUGGAGAACUGCCGCCCAAGAGGAGGAGGAGGAGGAGGAGGAGAGGAGGAGGAGAGCAGCCAGGAGAGUGGGAAAGUUGAAAUGGCCGCUCCCCCAAUGGAGCGAGCAUCAGAAGAGAAUGGACUUCCACUGUUGGUGCUGCCCCCACCUGCCCCUUCCAUUGAUGUGGAUGAUGAAUUUGUCUUCUCAGAGCCACUUCCUCCACCCAUCGAGUUCUCCAAUAGCUUUGAUAAACCUGAGUCUCCCCCCAAAGCUGCUAGUGAACUGCCCCCAGCAGUAGCCCCUCCGGCCGCUCCACCUGCCCCUGCCACCUUAGAUUCUACAGCAUCCAGCCUGACCUCCUAUGACAGUGAGGUGGCCACCUUAACCCAAGCUGGUACAGCAGAAACCAAGGAAUCUCCUCAUGUUAACUUUUCUUCCGUUGUCUCAUCCAUUGCCAUCCCAGCAGCAGCAGCAGCCGAAGCAGUAACUGACUCGGGAAUUGAGGAGGUGGACAGUCGGAGUAGCAGUGAUCAUCACUUAGAGACUAUCAGCAGUGUCUCAACGCUGUCCAGCAUGUCUGGGGAAGGCACGGAACUCUUGGACACUUACAUCACCUACUUGGACGGUCAGGCUUUUGGGGGGAGCAGCAGCGGUGGUGGUGGAGUAAGUGGCAGCAGUGGUGGCGGCAAUAGAGAAGAUCCACUGCAGACCAAACUACGCUCCCGGCCAUUUCCAGGCCGCUUGCCGGUGGCUACCCCUACCAGCUCCACCAUUUCAGUUUCGGCAUGUUCUGAAAACAUGUUUGCCCUCACACCUGCUCCUCCAUACCACCAGCAGCCAGCAGCUGUUGAUCCUGGCAAGGAGCUGCCGCAGAAAUCUCCACUGCCGUGGGAAGAGCCUAAGGCAUCGGCCAUGUCCACCGUGAAAGCUAGCAUCAUUAGUGAGCUGAGCACCAAGCUGCAGCAGAUGGGCGGGGUUUCGUGGUCACGACCACCUGAUGCUGUGGCUCCCUUUGGUUCCGAGAGACCCAGCUCCCUGCAGAGGCAAAGGCUCCCAGAUGAGACAUCCCCAUCAUUGAUUUCCUCCAAGCCUGUAAGCAGUCUUUUCCACAACUGGCCUAAAUCCCCCCAGGGCAAGCAUCCCAAAAGUGUGGACUUUGACAUCCGUCCUGCUCUGCGACGGGCCCCGAGUCCAGCUGCCCUGCCCAGUGAGCACAAGAUUAGCCACCCAAGGCCUUCCUCUCUUCCCAUCCUGCCUUCUGUGCCCAUCUAUACUGGCGUCUUUGACCUCCGUGGUCCCACAUCUGGGGGUGAACAUCCCUUCCCUAGCUUCCCUUCAGGCAGCCGUUCUCUGUCCCCUACCCACUUCCUGCCUCCAGCCACGGACAAGCCGUUUGGCUCCAAGCCACUGCCUUUCUGGACUAAAUACGAUGUGGCUGAUUGGCUGGAGUAUCUGAAGCUGGGGGAACACCGCGAUCGAUUCCUGGACAACGAAAUACGAGGAUCUCAUCUGCCUUCGCUCACCUAAGGAAGAUUUCAUGACCUGGGCGUGACGCGAGUUGGGCAUCGCAUGAACAUCGCCCGUGCCCUCAAGUUCUUUCUGGAGAGGUGAUGGGGGAAAUUGCCCUGCCCCGGGGUGCCUCUUGCCUGAAUGUACAAUGGACCUCCACCAUGGGGAGAACAAAGAGGUGGAGGGAUUGCAGCUGCGGGGCCGGGCACAGGGAAAGCGGUGAAGAGAGACCCUGUGGGGGUGAGGGUAGAGUGGGGGAUCUUGGAGAAGCUCACCAAAGCCUGCCUGGGCACCUCAGGGUGUGCACUUUUCUCUGUUGCGUUGCCAUGUAGCAAUUUAUCCAUUUCAUAUAUCCAGCCCAACAGCACUGACAUGAGUGUAUGAACCCUUAACCUGUGUAUCAUCACUUCCCAGGUGUAUGUAUGUGUUUAUAGUUGUACACAUAGACCUGCUCUUCAUUCUCCAUUAGCAUAUCCUCCACUUUGCCAAUCAGAUGGCUGGUACUAGCCAUCCAGUAGUGCAACAGCUUCUACCUGCGCCCAUUCCUCAUCCUUUCUGUGUUGCUGAUGGCCCUUACGUAGCAACUGCUAUUGCACAUCUAUUCAUUCAGCCAUGUAACAGCUUGCUCUGUACAUCUCCACAAUUACCAGGAUUGUUAAGUACUCUGCUCUUAAAAAAAGGGGGGGGAGGAGAGACUUACGACAAAAUGAAAUUUGCAUAUAUUUCCUUACUUUGCAAAACAUUCUCUGGGGAGGACCUCAGAUCAUUCAAGUGCCAUACUUACUUGGUAGGAAGAUUGGGUUCCUCCUCCCGAUAAUUACCUGUGAAUUGGAAUGGGCUUUUCAUAUUAGCUAAAAAGAAUUUCUAGAAAUAGCUACUGAAAAGCAUGGGUGCCUUGGAAGAUAAGCCAUCACUUGUAUUCAUCGGGUGAGCUUCAACCUUAUUAGUGAUGCCUAAACUGGGCUUUUCUCUCUUUUCAUCUUUGUUCAGUUAUCUCAUUGCCUUAUUUUCAUUUGCUUUUGUUCUUACUUUUCUCUUCCUACUUUUUUUCCGGUUCAGUUAUCUCUUCCUCUUUUGCCUUCUCCAUCGAGUUUAUUCUUAUCAUCUUCUGUGUACUUUACUUUUGUUUUGGCUGUUUCUGCUGGAAGAAGGAAAAGGAAUCUGUGUUUCUGUGUGAGAAUAGUUGGUUUAUGCAAAUUGAGUGUAAGUUAAGAGACUGUUGUGUCCUGUGCUAGCCAUUUUGGGGGUGUGGCUUCUGUAGAUAUUAUAUAAGCUCUACCUUCAUAAUGCAUAUGCAAAUUUGUCAUAUGCAAACAUUUAUUGGUGGAUAGGGAGAACAGCCUAGAUUGACAAGAAGGGGAAGGUGGGCAUUACACAGGAUUUUCUCUCUCCCUCUCCCUUCCUGUCUACCUAGCUACCUUUUGUCCAGAAAGAAUGUCUUAAAUUUAAUGUCUUCUUUUUUUGAUAAAUACUAUAAUUAUUAACUGCUAGAAACUUGUUUUCUGAAUUUCAGUGGAAAUAGAGAAUGGAUGCAGGAUUGUAAGCUUUAAUAGAACACUAGCUGACUUUGGAGUAGGAAGAUAAGUCACAUUAGUAUAUAGAUAGGGCUCCUUCAGGAGAUAUCAAGAUAGUAGGCUGCACUGGGAUAUCACCCAUCCAGAAAAAAGCCAUUUCACAAUGCUACUCUUGCCAAGAAAAUGGCAUAGACAUGUCCAUAAAGUCACCAAAAAUCAAGCUUGAUUUUUUUUUAAAAUGAUACACUUGUUCAAAGUGGGCCCACUGCUGUGACUCUAAUCCAGGCCUGUCAAACUGGUGGCCCACGGACUGUAUCUGGCCUGCACAGGCCACCCCAGCCCUGUUCCUCAAAGGCAAAAAAUAUGAUAUGGCCCACAACGCGGUCAGGUUUUGACAUCCAUGCGUCUGACCCAUCAUGCAUGUCUUGCACUCCACGGUCACACAGUUCUGACUCCCAUUGCAUAUGACGUUUUUAGGAAGACAGGAGACAUUUUUGAUAGUACUAAACCCAGGCAUAACUGCUUGGCAUGCAUUGUCUAUAAAUUAAGGCUAUCACUGUGUUGACAAAAGAAUCUGGUUUUUUUUUCUUUUGAGAGGCUGCACCCUAAAUCAGUACUGAUGGAAUUCUAUAGCUAGAAUUGUUUAAAAUUGACAGCAUUGCAGGGACUGAUGCCAGCAUUAUUGUGAAGGAAGGAUCCAAGCAACACUAGUGCAUGGGGUAAUCCCUAUGAUCCACCUGAUCUGUUCCAAGUUAUUUCAGUAGGAUAAGAAAAUCAAUCAGGAAACAGCCCAUGUUAAUAUUCCACAACACAGCAAUUUGCAAGGCACUUAAAAUGGGUGCUGUGGUCCUUUGUGUUCUGAUGGGAAGAGAUUGAAUGUGAUGAU